CCAGAUCUUAUCAAUAUAGAUUACUUGGGUGAUAUUCUUAUAGAGCUUCUAAAAGAUACACAGAAAAAUGGUUUAGAAUUUUAUUUCUGUUAUAAGAUAACUAUUAAUGAUCAUUGUUCAACAAAGAAAAUUACAAGUGAUAUAGUUAAAUUAAUCAAAGAAAUUGAUAAAUAUUCAUAG